AUGAUUGAUCCUCACCACUCUUCACGCGCGCGCGUAAACCCGCGCUACCGCUACCAGCUGACGCACAGCUUUGCUGACCGGCGGCGGGAGACCGCGUCUAUGCGGCACCGCUACCCACAGUGUGUUCCCGUCGUGUGCGAACCGGACAUGGGCAUUGCGCCGAGUGACGCCGGACUACUUACCGGCCGCCACCGCCUGCAGCGCGAGUUGGACCGUGCGAAGUUCCUCGUCCCCACUGAGGCGUCUAUUCAACAGCUGUUGUUACUGCUGCGCAGCCGCCUGUUGCUGGAGGCGGAGCAGGCUGUAUUCCUGUUCGUUGAUAAUGAGUUACCGCCGAGCUGCGCUUGCAUCGGUGACAUCUACGCACAGCGGAAGGACGACGAUGGGUUUCUGUACAUGACUUAUAGCAUCGAGAGUACAUACGGUGCUAAGCUGCCGAGGGGACACGCACCGUGGAUGUAG